AUGGAUGUUGUUCGAUGGCGGGGCACCUGUUUGAUGGAGGGACACCAACCAACACGUACGUGGAUACGGUUCGACGGCGGGACAUCAACCAACACGUGGAUACUGUUCGAUGGCGGGGCACCAAACAACACGUGGAUACAGUUCGAUAUAGGGACAACAACCAACACGUGGAUACUGUUCGAUGGCGGGACACCAACCAACACGUGGAUACUGUUCGAUGGCGGGACACCAACCAACACGUGGAUACAGUUCGAUAUAGGGACAACAACCAACACGUGGAUACUGUUCGAUGGCGGGACACCAACCAACACGUGGAUACUGUUCGAUGGCGGGACACCAACCAACACGUGGAUACUGUUCGAUGGCGGGACACCAACCAACACGUGGAUACAGUUCGAUAUAGGGACAACAACCAACACGUGGAUACUGUUCGAUGGCAGGAUACCAACCAACACGUGGAUACUGUUCGAUGGCAGGAUACCAACCAACACGUGGAUACUGUUCGAUGGCGGGGCACCAACCAACACGUGGAUACUGUUCGAUGGCGAGGCACCAACCAACACUUGGGUACUGUUCGAUGGCGGGGCACCAACCAACACGUGGAUACGGUUCGAUGGCGGGAUACCAACAAACACGUGGAAACUGUUCGAUGGCGGGGCACCAACCAACACCUGGAUACUGUUCGAUGGCGGGGCACCAACCUUCACGUGGAUACAGUUCGAUAUAGGGACAACAACCAACACAUGGAUACUGUUCGACGGUGGGACAACAACCAACACGUAG